AUGGCCAACAUUAUUCGCUCAGCCAAGUCAGGAAACGAGUGGACCGACAAUGAGUUGGAAGCAUAUAACAUCAAUAUCACCUUCCAGGAUGCUCCGACAUUCUUUGGCGAGACGCCCUUACCUGCUCCUGCUGUCAGCCAGGAGGUAUUCACUGCCCUCACCGCCGACGACGCAGCCAACGAUAUCGCCUACAGCCUCCUCACUCAACUCGAUCUUGCAAUGAUGCCCGCGGAGCCUGAGGAAUCGGCAGUUGUUGAUUUCGCAGUGGUACUUUUCCAUUCCCUUGGCUAUCUUCAUCGUCCUCGAGCAGUUCGCACACGCAAAAAGUUACGACUUCUCAUAUGCGGAGAGAAAAAAUAUGCCAAACCCGAUGUCUGCAUUAUCGAUCGAAAUGAAAAUGAUAUCAUCCUCCUCGUUCACGAGGAUAAGCGAUUUGGUGGCGACACAGACCCGCAUGCUCAACUCAUUGCCUCUGCAAUAGCCACCUUCCAGAAUAACAACGCUCAGAGGCGAUCGGCGGGACUUGACCCAUUGAAUAGCAAGGUCAUCCCGGGUAUAAUCAUGGUUGGGACAUCUCCGAGUUUCUUCAAGAUUCCCGUCACCCAAGAAUUGACUCGAUGCGUCGCACAAGGGCAGUAUCCUCCUACUCUCACCAUCGUCACUGGACAUGUUCCUGACAUCCCCCGCCCCAGCCGCCGGUUCAGCGAAGGCAUAAAGCCACUCGAUAAUCGACGUGGUAUUCUUCAAUGCUACGAAGCUUUCAAGAAAUUCGUUUGUUAA